GCUUAACAAAAUGGUAUAUCAUGACACGGAUCAAAGGGCGGCCGUAUCUGUCGAAAGAGAUAAUGGACUCCGCGUGCCAAGACUUGGCGUUGAAAUACAGAAGUCACGUGGAGGUGGUAACAACAGGUGUUGCCUAUGCUGCGGGUGUGUGCUUGAGCACUAAAGUGGGACUUUUGGAAGACGAUGGCUUGUUCCACACAGGAGUUCAUACCGCUGCUCACGAACUUGCUCACCUGCUUGGUUGUCCACAUGACGGGGACCCAGCGCCUCCCGCGCUGCCAAACUCUCCUGGGGCGGAAUCAUGUUCGGGGAGCGAUGGCUUUUUAAUGAGCUCAGACCUCACGGGCACGACAAACAAAAAUCAGUACCAUCUAUCGCCAUGCUGCCAAGAUGUGAUACGGUAUGUUGCAGGGAUGGCAUGUUGGAACAGUGUCUUCUGAAUUUCGAAACGAUUCCUGAUCAGAAUGGCGAUGGUUGGAGAGUGAAUGUCACAGCAGAAGAUGGGACACCUUGCAGCAACGAAAAGCCCCCGAAGGUCUGCAUAGCUGGAGAAUGCGUUGUUUGGACAUAAGAACCAUGACCUGCCGGGUGACUCAAAUGGAAACACUUGAGGUGAAACGCCCCACGCAAAACACGAUUUGUUUCCCAAGAAAAUAAAACAAUAAAAGUUAUUUAACUAUUUGAGGUGUCAAGGCAUCAUAAUUGUGAGCA